AUCGUCGUCUAGGAUCUUCCUUCUUUUUUGCCGUGUUUAUAUAGGGAUUGCAUAAUUUCCUCCAGCUGCUCUUUACUUUAUCGCUUCGACCAGACAGAAAUGUCACGGGCAUAUAAUGCCGCCGUUAGAAGACUGGGCGUGGAAUCUCCCCCGUUUGCGACUCAGCUGAGCAAGUGGGCGAAGAACCAGGACGGAGACGCGAGAAAUUUUGAAGAGCUGGGACUAUCGUAUGCGACGCCCCUGCCGUCCCACUCCCCGCUUCCCCAUCGCAGGCAAGACACAAGCAACUCCAACCCACUGAUAGGAGGAAACAGCGCGUUGUUACCUUCGGUUUCUCUAGGUCUCGACUCUACCCCCACUUCAGGCCCCUCAGCCCCGUCGGACAAUGGCUCAGGCCAGUCCUCCGCAGUCCCACCUCCAUCGUCCCAGAUUCAGGCUCAAAGUCAGUCUCAAAGU